AUGGCGCCUCGACGGAAAAAGAAUGAGGACGAUAGUGAGGACAGUGCUGCGAUGAACAAAGAGCAAGAGGCCAUCGCCAAAUUCGUCCGAUUCAAUACACCAACCGAAUCGACUCUAUUCCAAGGAAAUGACGUGCAUUAUUUUACUGGGUCCAAAGCAGUUGACACGUUAUACGAAUCGAAAUAUGGAACAAAGGCAAAAGGCGAGCCCAAAUUCGCGGAUCGUCGGGUUGCUGUGAAAUUCCUCGAAGGUCUAUUUGAGAGUCGUUUGUUCUGGAGAGCGAGAAAAUUGGUGGCCAAGAAAAAAGAAGACAAGGAUAAAAAGAAAGGUGAUGAGAGUGAUGUCAAUAAAAGCCCACGUCCAGAAACUUUAAGCAAGAAGAAAGACAAGAAGGAGAAACAAGAGAAAGCUGAUGAAGGUAACGAAAGCGUUAGUGAAGCUCCGGAAGACGAAAAGAAGAAAGAGGAGAAAGAUGAGAAGAAAAAGAAGAAGAUCAAGCUGGAAGUUCAUCAAUCACAAGUUUUUACUGAUUCGAGCGAUGUUUAUGUUUGGGUGUACGACCCAACUCCACUUUACAAGAAAGUCAUUGGACUUGGAAUGGUUUUUGGAACGAUUGCCUGUUGUCUUUUCCCAUUGUGGCCAAUGUGGCUUCGUCAAGGCGUUUACUACCUAUCAAUGGCCGGAAUUGGAGCUUUUGGCGCAAUUGUGGUCACUGCGAUACUGCGGACAAUACUCUUUGGUGUUAUUUGGCUAUUCACUGGUGGCCGGCACCAUUUGUGGAUAUUGCCAAAUCUAACAGAGGACUGUGGCUUCUUUGAAUCUUUCAAACCUUGGUACACUUAUGAAUAUCGGCCAAAUGGAAAGGCUCCACCGAAAGGCGAAAAGAAAAAGAAGAAAGAUAAAGUCUCAGACGACGAAAACGAAACAGUCCAAGAUAAUUCGAAAGCCGGAGUGACAGAGAAGGCUGACCAAGAGUCUGGAAGUUUGGAUGUUGUAGAUGAUGAAGAGGACACAGAACAAAACGACGAUAGCGAGACGGCAAGUUCAGCAUCGACUGGCGAAGGCGCUGCCCCAGAAGAGUCAUCCCCGAAAAUUGCCGCUCCAAAGGUUCGACGACGUGCUCGAAAAGACGAUGAUUUUGUUGUGGUUGAUAAU